UUAAAAGGUUCGAAAACAACUUCACUGGAACUUAAGGUGCUGACAGCAUUGAGCUUUUAUGCCAUGGGUUCAUAUCAGAAAGGUGUUGCUAAUGAGGUACAUAUGAAUCAAAAAAGUGUAAGUCGGUGUAUCAGAGAGGUGACAAAAGCUCUGAAUGAGAUUUCAAAUAAAUGGAUACAAUUCCCACAAACAAGCACACAAAGAACUAAAAUUAAGCAAGGAUUUUAUACUAAGUUUAAUUUUCCUGGUGUAAUUGGUGCCAUUGAUUGCACCCAUGUGGCCAUAGUUCGUCCAGCUGCAGAUGUACCUUGUUUUUAUAACAGAAAAGGCUUUCAUUCUCUUAAUGUCCAAAUGGUAUGUGACAGUGAUCUCAGAAUCACUAAUGUUAAUGCCAAGUUUGGUGGUGCAAGUCACAACAGUCAUAUCUGGGCAAGUAGAAGACUGCAAAGCCAUAUGGAGGCUCUGCAACUAUCUGGCAAGUCAGUUUGGUUGUUGGGUGACAGUGGUUACCCUCAAAGGAGCUACCUUAUGACACCUAUUCUGAAUGCAGAACCAGGAUCUAGAGGAGAGAACUACACUAGAGUGCAUGUCAAGGCCCGAAACUGCAUAGAAAGGGCAUUUGGUUAAAUAUAGAUUUUGAUAUUUGUUAGGUCAGCGUAUCCUUUAU